CACUAGUUCUCCACUGGCUCACUCCACCACUAAAGUUUCAGAGGACGGGGUCCCAGCCAGGCCAGCCGAGUUGCCCAAAUGGAUUACUGCGGCGUCCGACGCAUAUUGUUUUCCUAUGUACUCAUCAACGGAAUAUUAAUAACAUUGCAAUCCAAAGAAGAAGUACUGCUGGAUAUGAAGGCAUCGGGGAGUGAGCUGGGCUGGUUGACAUGGCCAUCUGAACAGGGCGACAAGCGAGGCUGGGAGGUGGCCCAGAAGACCCUGAACGGCUCCCAGUUCUACUCGUACUCCGUGUGCAACGUGGGCGAGCGUGAGCAGGACAACUGGCUGCGCACAACCUUCAUCCAGCGGCGGCCCUCGGCCUCGCGCGUGCUGGUGGAGCUGCAGUUCGUGGUGCGCGACUGCAACUCCUUCGACGGCGCCUCGCUCACCUGCAAGGAGACCUUCAACAUGUACACGUCGGAGGCGGACGCCGACGUGGGCACCACCUUCCGCAAGGGCCAGUUCAAGAAGGUGACCACCAUCGCGCCCGACGAGAUCACCCGCAAGAACCUGCAGCCCGUCAACACGGAGACCCGCGUGGUGGAUGGCCUGUCGCUCAAGGGCUUCUACCUGGCCUUCCAGGACAUCGGCGCCUGCGUGGCCAUCCUGUCCGUGCGCGUGUACUACAAGACCUGCCCGGCCACCGUCAAGAGCCUGGCCAGCUCCGAGACGGUGGCGGGCAGCCAGGCGCUGAGCAAAGUGGACGGGGUGUGCAUGGAGAACGCCGUCAGCGAGAAGGUGCCCCGGAUCUAUUGCACCAUGGACGGGGAGUGGGUGGUGCCCGUCAGCCAGUGCCAGUGCAAGCCGGGCUACGAGGAGAUUAAGGAAGUGUGCCAAGAAUGCCAGCCUGGCUUCUUCAAAGCGGCCGUGCCCAGUGAGACGUGUGAGACGUGUCCCGCCAACACCCAGGGGACUGGCUACGGGGACGCCUCCUGCCCCUGCACGCCUGGCUUCUACCGGGCGGAGGACGAUCCUCCGACCGGGCCCUGCUCAGGUCUGCCCGGGGCCCCCCAGGACCUGCAGGCCACCACCACCCAGCUGUCGUCCGGCCGGGUGCUGCUGACAUGGAGCCCCCCGGGGGAGACGGGGGGCCGCGCCGACCUCACCUACAGCGUGGAGUGCCGGCGCUGCGACGGCGCCGCGUGCCAGGCCUGCGGCGAGAAGGUGCGCUACGAGCCGGCCAGCGCGGGGCUGACGGAGACGCGCGUGUCCGUCAGCCAGCUGGACGCCCACCUCAACUACACCUUCACCGUCAACGCCCACAACGGUGUGUCGGCCGCCGCCAGCAAGGCCUCCCCGCGGGCCCACGGACCGCCCUCCACCGCCGCCCUCACCACCAGCCUGCAGUACACAGAUCCUCCCACGGUGACGUCCAUGCGUCUAGACGAGAGGAGACCCACCAGCCUCUCCCUGUCCUGGGUGGUGACCCCUCGGCACCGGGCCCCGCCCAGAUCCUUCCGCUACGAGCUCACCUACCGCAAGAAGGACGACAACCUCAACAUGACCACCUACACGGUGCUGGUCCUGGACAGGACCUCGGUGCGGGUCAGCGACCUGGCCCCCGCCACCACCUACCUGUUCAGGGUCCAGCCCAUCACGGAGGGGGGAGCCGGGGGCGCCAGCAUCGAGGACGAGUUCAAGACCCUGGCGGACGCCGAAGCACCAAACUACACCACGGCCAUCUUCUGGAGUGUGGUCGUUGCAGCCGCCGUGUUUUUCAUCGUAGCUGUGGUUCUGUUUGUGCGCCAGCGCAGGAGGAACUCUCACUCCCGGCAAGGACCUGAGGACGCCUAUUUCUCAACCUCAGAGCAACUGAAGCCCCUGAAGACCUACGUGGACCCCCACACGUACGAGGACCCCAACACGGCCGUCCUCAAGUUCGCCAGCGAGAUCCACCCCAACCACAUCACCAAGCAGAAAGUCAUCGGGGCAGGCGAGUUCGGCGAGGUGUUCCGCGGGAUCCUGAGGGCCCCUGGGAGGACGGAGGGGCCGGUGGCCAUCAAGACCCUCAAGCCGGGCUACUCGGAGAAGCAGAGGCAGGACUUCCUGUCGGAGGCCUCCAUCAUGGGCCAGUUCUCCCACCAGAACAUCAUCCGCCUGGAGGGGGUGGUGACCAAGUUCAAACACGCCAUGAUCGUGACGGAGUACAUGGAGAACGGAGCGCUGGACAAAUACCUCAGGGACCAUGAUGGGGAGAUCCCCUCCAUCCAGUUGGUGGGGAUGCUGCGGGGCAUCUCCGGGGGCAUGAAGUACCUCUCUGACAUGAGCUACGUGCACCGGGACCUGGCCGCGCGCAACAUCCUGGUGAACACCAACCUGGAGUGCAAGGUGUCCGACUUCGGCCUGUCCCGGGUGCUGGAGGACGACCCCGAGGGCACCUACACGACCAGCGGCGGCAAAAUCCCCAUACGCUGGACGGCCCCCGAGGCCAUCGCGUACCGCAAGUUCACGUCGGCCAGCGACGUGUGGAGCUUCGGCAUCGUGAUGUGGGAGGUGAUGGCCUUCGGCGAGAGGCCAUACUGGGACAUGAGCAAUCACGAGGUGAUGAAGGCCAUCAACGAGGCGUUCCGGCUGCCGGCGCCCAUGGACUGCCCGUCGGCCGUCUACCAGCUGAUGCUGCAGUGCUGGCUGCAGGAGCGCGCCAAGAGGCCUCGCUUCCCCGACAUUGUCAGCCUGCUGGACAAGCUGCUGCGCAGCCCCGACUCCCUGAAGACCAUCGCCGACUUUGACCCCCGGGUGUCCAUCCGCCUGCCCAGCACCAGUGGCUCGGACGGCUCCCCGUUCCGCUCGGUGUCUGAGUGGCUGGAGUCCAUCAAGAUGAGCCAGUACAGCGAGAACUUCGCCUGCGCCGGGAUGGUCACCAUGGAGCAGGUGUUGCACAUGAGGAACGAGGAUAUCAAGAACAUCGGAGUGAGACUCCCGGGCCACUUGAAGAGGAUCGCCUACAGCAUCCUGGGCUUGAAAGACCAAACCAGCACUCUGAGCGUCUUCGCCAUGUGACACUCGCCACCAAUGGAGCAAGGGGGGGGGGGGGCACACUGAGCGAGUACGCCCCCGCGUCGCUAGGGAAACACACGGGGCCGUCAGCCAAUCAGGAGACGAGCUGCAGGGACAGCUCUUGAUUUCGCUGAUUCAGACCCGAAGGCAGCAGCAAGCCCUACAGGAAAUAAUGCAGCGACAAAUAUAGCAUGUAUAUACACAUAAUUACACAAAGAUCACAAGAGCGCGGCUUCUGCAUUUUUCCCCUACAGAAGAGUGCCUGUGGUUUACGUAUGGUGAGAUACUAAUAAUAAACCAGGCAGGCUCGGUGUGGACGAAUGGAAGGAUUCUAGGGUUACCCCCCCCCCCUCCUACCCCCCCACUGCCUCCGCACUCCCCCCAUGGUGAUGAUGUCAUCCUGGCAUCUCUCUUAAUUGGCACUUUGGUCUGUUUCCUCCGGUAAAAGGGCGGAGCUACGGUAAGCUUGGGCUGGCCAGAAACGAAACCUGGAGCGAUUGCCGUGCUCGGUGUUAUCGACAAUGCCUUAGUACUACCGAAUAUUAAGCUAUGAUCCUAUUGUUGAUUUUGUAUGAGAAGACACACACACACACACACACACACACACACACACACACACACACACACACACACACACACACACACACACACACACACACACACACACACACACAUAAGGUACUCUACAUGUACAGUUUCUUGAGACUUGUUAUAAGGCUAUUACCUGACACAUUCAAUCAAUAAUUUGAACAUUUUCCUGUAGCACUUCAGUAAAGCAUCAUUUUUGUUUUGAGGGGGUUUCAAUCUAAGUCGAAAUCUUACAUGAUAACAUGUACAACUGGAUGCAGCAUUGACAUAUUUUGAGAUUUUUUGAACUUUUUUUUCCUGGCUGUAGCAUAUCUAUGAUGAGCAAUAGGUUGAAGUUAUCUUAUAUAAUUAGACCUCCUAAUAAAGCAUAAUCAAUAUGGGUAUUGGGUUUAGAAUCCAGGCUCGUGAUGAUUUUGAUAUCCUGAUUGAUUUAAGUUUAGCUCACGAUUUCUUGGUUCAUUGAGGUUUGCCAUGCGCAGAGCUGAGAGGAAUAAUAUUCAUUUAACUGGCUCAUCAUCCAUUUCUGGAAUGGUUCCCAGUUACCAUUUGAAUCAAUCAAAAGGCCCAGUGAACCCAUAGGGUUCCCAUGGGCUUUUCUACAUUGUGAGUUGGUUUCAGUGUGUUUUCAAAUGGAUCUCUAUAUGACUGCAAAACCUGUUAUUAUUAUAUACCUUCCUUUACUUGAAUUUUUGUGUACUUUUCUAUAUAUCAAUAUUUUUUUAAUGUAGUGGUAGAGCCAUUUUUGGAAAAGGGAUUAUUUUUUCUUGUUUCUCUCUGCUGCAGUUGUAUUUUCUUAAUUUUACUACAUUUUGUAUGAAUUUACUAUUUUGCUUAUUACCAAACUUGUUCAUCACUGUGUGUAACUUAGGUAACUGUAGUCCCAAGGAAGACUUCUAAUGUUUGCUGCCUUUUGGGACAUUUCAAGGAAUCAAUUGAAUAUGUUAUCUCCAGUUCAUCAAUCAAAAGCCCUCCUUUUGCCCUUUUGUUUUAUAGUAUAUUUAAUAGCUUAUUUAUUUUUCCCUUUUAUUUAUUUGUCACAAAAACAUUGAACAGCGAUUGAGAAUUGGAGGCUAUGUCCACAAAAUCUAAAUUACAAUUACGUUCAUUAUGUACAUUGUGUUAAAAAAUUCUCAAGAGAAUUACAUUUUCUUCACUACGUUUGUUGAGAAAUAAAAUAUUUUGAAUAAAAAAA